AUGAGAUUAUUGCUCAUAUUAACAAUCCUAAUUUUCGGUGUAAAUUGUGGCAGAAAACUCAGAUCUUGCUCAAUUGGAGGAUGUAAGCCGAAAUUUUCAGAGAAAAUUCCAGAAAUUAUUAAAAAACCUGUGGAAUUCACACCAAAACCAGGUAAAUUUGGGGCUAAAAAUCCAAGCUGUGGCCCAAAAUUCAGAAUUUUUUUACAGGUGUACUUGAGACACCAAAAGAACCUUGCAAGAAUCUAAUUUGCAUGGUCAGCAAUGAAAAAAAGAAAAUUCUUCUUGGUUUAUAA